GUCUCCCCACACUGCUGCUGGGGGACUUUUUAACCUAGGCCUGUGCCUGUGUAUGGCCUUCAAUUGAAGCUGCUUCUGCUCCGCCACUCUGCCAUUGGACUCUUGAUAGUCGUCUCCCCACACUGCUGCUGGGGGGACUUUUUAACAUAGGCCUCUGUAUGGCCUUCAAUUUAAGCUGCUUACGCUUCGCCACUCUGCCAUGGGCCCCUAUACCGCCUCCUCUUGCUGCUGCCAGGUCCAGAGUGUGUCAUGGGUCCCUGUACGGCCUCCCAUUGCUGCUGACUUCAUCGCCAGACUCUGCCAUGUGCCACUUUCAGGUCUCCUUACACUGUUGGUGGGUUCCAUUUUGUGAUAGGGUGCUG